AUGAAUCUCACACAACAACUAUCAUUUGUUCUCCCUCAUAAUGAAUCAUUCAAACUGAUAUAUGUUCAAUCAAAACCAGUAUCAGUCAAAUCACCAAUUCUUUUCAAAAAGAAUGCUCAACCUUUGCUCCUGAAACCUCAGGAUACAUUAAAGAUUCGACAUUUCUUCAUCUUGGUUCAAAAUGAUUUGAUAAUCUUGGGUGUAGAGAUAUAUACAUAUAUUCAAGUAUUUGAUGAUCAUAUCGACCAAUAUAUCUUUGUCUCCAAGUGUGACACCACCGGAUUGCAGAAGCUAAACUCUUUUAAAGUAGCAGACGUUGUUGAAGUGGUUAUAAAAUAUAUAAUUAAUUACAAUAUACUGCUGUACAAGAUCAAAUUGAAGCAUAAAAAGAAGACAAAGUCAACCAUCAAAGAAAGUAAAGAGGUAAAUGGAACACUUGCGCUAAUCAAAAAGCUACAGAAAAGAAUUGCUGUGGGCAGAACAAAAAUACCCUACCACCACCAUGAAGAAGAAAAAGAAGAAGAAGCCGAUGCUGAUGCUGAUGAUGCGUUGAUAUCGUUGGGAAAAUCAACUGUAAAGGCAUCCAAUCUCUUUGCAUUGCCACUGCGUCAUAACCUUCGGCUAUGUCUAUUCACAAAGACUGCACCACAAUAUUUAUUUCCAAACUCAUCGAAAAACCCUUCGAAACACAAUAUCACUGGGCAAACUCUCCUAAAGUGGUGGAUCCCAAUUAUCAACAGAGCCACUCUAAGCUGGCUGCAACAUAAACUCCUUAUACCAGGAUCUGAUACCAUUGCAACGGCAAAGUUUAUUGAAAAUUAUCCAAACUGGAGACAGGGCCACAUAUUUGGCGAAACAAGCGAUAGAAAAGAAACGGAAAGAAGUGAUAGAGACAUGGAAGCUAGUGAAGAUGACAAUGACAAUGGAAAUGAAAUUGUAAUUAACAAUAGUAAUCAAAAUAAAGAUAAAAUUGGCAAACAAGAUAAGGGCAUGGCUUGUGAACCGCUUGCCGUAUACAACAUUCCCUUAUUCCCCGAUGAUCCAAAGGGACGGUUCUUGGAACAUCUUAUUGUGGAAAAUCGUCUUCAAAAAAUGACCACUGCCAGAUUCUAUAAGGAACUAGGGUACAGACAAGAAUUUCGGUUGGGUGAUUGUGUAGGACUAAUUGGGUGUUCUGUUGAUGAUUACAAAUACGUGUCGAAUGAAACUAGGCCAGAUGUUGGAAACGAUAAUACAAGAAAAACAGACUUGGAAAUUUUGAAACCACUAGUUGUUAGUGUCAAGCAGUAUAAAUCAUUUAUUGACUUGAUGAAACUGGUAAGUUACGAUUCCAUCGAGAGUGUACAGCAUCUUGUUCAAAAUUACAUACCUGAAUACUUUUUGUCCUGUGGGUUAAAACAUUUCCAAUACGAUUCAAUUAUAGGUUUAAGGAAAGUGGAGACGAAAAGUACAGUUGAUAGUGAGGAAAAAAAGAGGAAAAACAUCGAUGGUGUUGUUUCCCAACCUAUUGCAAAUGAUCUUACAGGUUUAAUCAAGAGACGAAAGAAGUAG